GAGCAUGCUCUUGCCUCGUGUUUACUCUAAGCCUGAGAUACUGUUUAAUUUAUUUUGGCAAGCUCUUUGUCACUUCUCUCUCCUUGUUCUCCAUCGUAUAUCGUGUUAAUUGUCCAUACCACAGAGCUAUCCUGUAUAUCAAUUCUGAAGCUCGAUUUUGUGUUUUUCUUUUUUCAACGUCUCCAAGACCACCAAGCGAUAGACAAAGACACGAUUCGACAAAUCAUUAUGCUGUCAUGACAGAAUCUACUACUCGCCUCCAUAUCUCUCCUCUAACACCAGCCCUGCUGGACUCCGUUCUAGCUCCUUCGAUCCGUCCUUUGGCGACCGAUAUAUCCUUUCACAAUAUUGCUACAUUUCCCGAAAACGACUACGGUUUCGUCACGCUGCCUUCAAUGGAGGCGGACAAACUCAAGAAAAAGCUCAAUGGAUCUAUCCUAAAGGGCAGGAAAUUCAAAGUCGAAGCUGCGCGAGCGGACCCGAAGAAGACAAAGACUCCGGCAAAGGUCGAUUCUGACAAAAUCAGUGAAGGCGUUACAUCUCCCGAACCUACAAAGACGUCAUCAAAGCGAAAAUCGGAGGACAGCGUUCUUGAUGGAUAUGAGCUACCCGGCGACAGACGCGUUAAACGAGGAUGGACUGAGCCCGCAAGCGCCAAGAAGUUGAAGAAACAGAAAAAGGCCGACAAAGAAGCCUCAAAGACCAAGUUACAACCCAAGUCCAAGUACACGGAGAAAGCAGAAUGUCUAUUCAAGACGAAAAUGCCGCCUAAUAAGACGUCUGAAAUAGCUUCAAAGAAGUCAAAGUCAAAAAAGGCCAAGGCGCCAAACGAAGUGGUAGUCCAUGAAUUUGCGCAAACAUUCACACACCCGUCCUUCUUGAAAUCUACCAUCGGUAGAAAGCCAGUUACUGCGAAAUUCGAGGAGGGAAAAGGAUGGGUCGACGAGGAUGGUAAUGUGCAGGAGGAGAUGGCCAGCAAGAAGACUACAACGGCAGACUACCACCCUGGGAAGAAAGAUGGCGCGAAAGAACGGGCUACUGUGAAGGGCAAGUUCCGAACAAAGGUUGUUAGAGAAGAGGAAAAGAAACCUCUUGAUCCUGAGCAAACCUUGUCUGAAGAGGAGGAAGACUCGGACUGGACCUCGUCUAGCGGCUCUUCCGAGAGUGAGAGUAGCACAUCUGACAGUGACUCUGAUGACUCGUCAAGCAGUGGCGCAUCAUCACUCAGUGACCAAGAAGACAAAACCAUGGAGGCACAAGUGACGAUAAAAAGCAAAGUCACUAAAAUCGAUGAACGAAACGUAGAGGGAAACGAAUCAACUAGUGAGAGCGAUGGUGUCCAGGAAGCCAGCUCUCAAGUCGACGAGGAGAACAAGCCGUCAGCAUCUUCUCAGGAUGCUGAGACAACGGAAACUAAAGAGCUACACCCCUUAGAAGCCCUCUUCAAGCGUACACAAACAGAGAAGAGCAUACCGGAAUCCGAGAAGCCGACAUUUUCUUUUUUCGCUGGCAACGAUGAUGACAUCGAAGAUGAAGAGGAAGAACCUACGCCAUUAUUACUUGAACCGUUGACCCCAUUCUCCAAGCAAGACCGUCAAAUCAGAGGACUGAGAAGUGGUGCACCCACACCGGAUACUGCAGCAUUCAAUCGACGCAAGUUUCUGUUAUCUACGGAAGCUCAAGAAACUCCUUCCAAACCACGGGGCGAAGCCUCUUCCCAACGACAUCCAGAAGAAAGUGACUUUGUGAAAUGGUUCUGGGAGAAUCGCGGAGACAAUAAUAGAGCUUGGAAACGGAGAAGGCGUGAAGCCGCGAAGGAAAAGAGACAACGCGAGAAUCGGCGCAAAGGGCUGAAGGGGAGAGGAUAG